GGCUGGCCGGGAGGGCGCGGGCUUCCCCUCUCCGCAGGCCUGUCCGAAAUCCCCCGACGUUCCCUGCGGGGGCUUUGUCCUGCUCCUCCUCGCCUCGCUCCCCCCGGGCCUGGCCGCCUAGAGGAAGGGCGCAGCGGCGGGGCCACCCUCGAGGGAGAAGUUUCGAGUGGGAGCCCCUUGGCGUUGCCAGGCGAAGAAGGCCUGGCCGGGCGGUUGGCUUGGAAACCCGGAAUUCGGUGGCUCUCGGAGGAUGCUUUUGGGCCACGCUCACCUACCCAAGUGAAGAGAAGGAGAGGAUGGCUCAGAUUCUCCAGAUGGAGAUCCCCAACUUUGGUAACAGCAUCCUGGAGUGCCUGAACGAGCAGCGAUUGCAGGGCCUGUACUGUGACGUCUCGGUGGUGGUGAAGGGGCAUGCUUUCAAGGCACACCGGGCUGUGCUGGCGGCCAGCAGCUGCUACUUCCGGGACCUUUUCAACAACAGCAAGAGCACGGUGGUGGAGCUUCCUGCUGCUGUGCAGCCCCAGUCCUUCCAGCAGAUCCUCAGCUUCUGCUACACCGGCCGCCUCAGCAUGAACGUAGGCGACCAGUUCCUGCUAAUGUACACGGCUGGGUUCCUGCAGAUCCAGGAGAUCAUGGAGAAGGGGACUGAGUUCUUCUUGAAGGUCAGCUCGCCCAGCUGCGAUUCCCAAGGCUUGCACACUGAAGAGGCACCUUCCUCUGAGCCACAGAGCCCCGUGGCCCAGACCUCCACCUGGCCCUCCGGCAAUACCCCCCUGCCCCUGGUCUCUCGCGUAAAGACGGAGCAGCAGGAGUCGGACUCUGUCCAGUGCACAUUUGUGGUUAAGCGGCUCUGGGAAAGCAGCCAGAAGGAAGGGGGAGGCGGAGGCGGAGGUGGAGGCGGCAGUAACGGCAGCCGCAAAAUGGCCAAGAUCUCCUCGCAGCAGGAGCUGAGCGGGGGUAACCGGCAGGUGCAGCAGCAGCAGCAGCAACAGCAACAGCAGUCUCAACAGCAGGGGGCGCUAACGGGAGGCAGUGGAGGGGCAGGCGUGGUCAGUGGCCCUAGCACAUCAGACCAGACAAGCCCUGGUACCUCCAGUGCCUACACUAGCGACAGCCCCAGUUCCUACCACAAUGAGGAAGACGAGGAGGAGGACGCUCCUGAGGAGGGCUCUGACGAACAGUACCGGCAGAUCUGCAACAUGUACACGAUGUACAGCAUGAUGAAUGUAGGCCAGACGGCAGAGAAAGUGGAAGCGCUGCCAGACCAGGUGGCCUCCGAGUCUCGCAACCGGAUACGGGUGCGGCAGGAUUUGGCUUCGCUGCCCGCUGAGCUCAUCAACCAGAUUGGGAACCGGUGCCACCCCAAGUUGUACGAUGAGGGGGACCCAGCUGAGAAGCUGGAACUUGUGACAGGCCUUGUCUCUUUUCCCUGCCUAGGUACCAACGUGUACAUCACCCGGGCACAGCUGAUGAACUGUCAUGUCAGUGCUGGGACACGACACAAAGUGCUUCUCAGACGACUACUAGCAUCUUUCUUUGACCGGAACACCCUUGCCAACAGUUGUGGCACUGGAAUCCGCUCCUCCACCAACGACCCUAGCCGGAAACCCCUCGACAGCCGGGUGCUGCAUGCUGUGAAGUUUUAUUGCCAGAACUUUGCCCCCAACUUCAAGGAGAGCGAGAUGAAUGCAAUUGCUGCUGAUAUGUGCACGAACGCGCGGCGCGUUGUCCGCAAGAGCUGGAUCCCCAAACUGAAACUACUGAUGGCCGAGGGCGACACUUACACCACCUUCAUCAAUGACACUGGCAAGAUGGAGCCAGACAUCAUGGGGGUGGAGCACAGCUUCGAGACGGGCAGCCAUGACGGUGACGCAGGCACCUCCACCGAGGGCCUCCAGUAAAAACAUGCCCAUCUCUUUCCCCCGCCCCCAGUCGAUGGUUUUUAUUUCCUAAUUUGAUUUUUGUAGAAUCGUUUUUCCACCUUUAUUUCAUUUCUUUCCCCCCCUCCCCCGCCCGUUGUUGGUUUUUGUUUUUGUUUCGGCAGAGGAGAAAGAGCAUUGUGCCUUCUCCUUUAAAAAUAUAUAUAUACAUAUAUAUAUAUAUAUAUAUUAUUAAACAUGGGCCUUGCUUCCUCAGGCGCCACAGGUAGUACGAGCUCAGAGGGGAGGUCUUGCUGCUGCAUUGGCAGUUCUGGCUGGCAUUUUCUCCCCCGUCCCUUCCCUCUGUCCUUGUUGUGCUAUUAAUUAUUCUUAGAUAUAUAUUUUAGUAGAUUUUUUUUUUAAAUACCAAAUUCAUUUGCAAAUGGAGGCCAUGAUCCAGGGAGGUCUUAUCCCAGAGUGCUGCCUCUUUCUUCAUCAGAUCGGGUUCUCUCCAGACAGGUCUCUCUAACUUAGACUGAUCAUCGUCAAGCCUUUUCCUCAGGUUCAUACCAGAGAGUGGGAAAAUCCUAGUGCCAUGAUAAAUGAGAACAGGGAAGGGACUGGACCCCAGUGCUGUGGUCAUGGUAUCCUUAUUCAUCUUCGCUUCCCUCCACUCUUGCCUAGGUAUGUUCAGGUCUUGCACAGCAUGGCAAUUCCACCCCUGCCGUUCUCAGUACACUCCCUUUUCCUUACUCUUUUUUCUCUCUUUCUCUUUCUUCCCUUCCCUCCCUCCCUCCCAGACAUACCUCUCCCUACUUUUUCUGUCAUCUAGACCUUAUGUACCUUCCCCAUCCAUUAUCUGCCUUGGAGGUUUUGACCAGCCUAGCCUACUGAACUGAGAACGUAUACGGCAAAUCUGUUUGGCAGUGCAGCCCUUCCAUAUUUUGAGUGGCACAGAGUCAUGAAGGGAACAAGGAAGGUUCUCACCCCCGCACCCAAACCCACCCACCCCCGCAAAAACCCCAAAUUAUACAUGCAGGUCUAAUGUAGCUCUGAUACCUCCGAUGUUUCCUAAGCCUAGUGUUCUCUCUGAGGUGUUUAGUUUAAACGUGGGGUGCAAUGUGCAAACUAUUCACUUUUUAGCCAGUCUGUGGAACAAAUAGCAGCACUGCUGAUUGAAAUGCCAACCUUUUCUGCCACUUCAGCUAAAUUGGCUCAAAUGUCACAAGGUUUGGGAAUCAGGUUUUGAAGGAAGAGGAAAGUCAAGGGAGAAAGCAUCACGUUCUUUUUUCCUAGAAGUGCCAGAAGCUACCCAGUAUGCAAGGCUGCCUUUGACCUUAGCUCGCCUCCCAGCACCAGGUAAUGAAUCACAGUGUGAAAUUUUGCCUCUUUCCUUCCCCUGCUCCGUUAGUGAUGCUUCUGAGUCAUAUUUGGUGCAUAGCAGAGGAGCCAACUCCUAGGGACCAAGGUCCCUUCGCUCCCCCCAUAAAAUAUUUGAUGUAGCCACCCCCCCACACACAAGUUGAUAGGCACUGUAAUCCAAAUAGUGUGUGUACACUAAGUCAUGUCAUCGAUUAUGCAGGGCAGGGUUUACCUGCCCCCCCCCCCAUUUUAUUCAAGUUUGCACCCCUGGUGCAUAAUGAAGAACUCCCAUCCUCGGGUUCAUACGGAUAUUUUGAGAUGGAAACUACAUUUAGAUGGGAAGCAAGCACAUUUAGGUUCUACCCUGAUUGCAGCAAAGCUCCUCUCCCUCUUUCUACAUUUCUAUCUGUAUGGUCUAAGAUAACGACUUUGAAUUACAUUGCGAGAAUCUCUCUCCUGGUUAUUCUUACUAGAAAACAAAGUCUGCAAUUCUCUCAGGAAACGGUUGGCCUUCCUUUGAGCAAAUCAAACUGUGAAAUGAGGCAAUGGGUGGCAAUCUUUUUUUUUUUUAAGGAAUUACAGCUUUUUAAAGAGGGUGGAAACUCCUGCCCAUGAAUUUCCAAGAGAAUAAACUCCAGAGCAGUAGUUGUCCCUAGUAGCAAAAAGAUGGCAAAUGCUGUGACAUCUUGGAGACUAACUGGCUUAUUAUUUCAAGCUGGGCUGGCUAUCUCAUGUCUACUCAUCUGUCAGUUGACGCAGGCCUGGUCUGGGGAAAGUCCCGUUUCUCUUAAGGGAGGGCUAGCAGUGGUCGCCUGGGCUCAGGCCACUGUUUCUUUGUGAAGAGGAAGCGAGACUAAGCAGGCCCAGUUACCUCUUGUGAAAUAACUCUCUUAUAAUUUUUAAUAAAAGUUCUAGUGGGUAGUACCAACUCUGUACUGGAUAUGUUACACUCAGAGUUGCAACACUCAGAUUCCACCAGGUCUGAUGUGGAGAUCAGUAACAAAAAUUGAACAUGUUGUUGUUACGAAAAGGGCUCAAAAGCAGCCUAGCCUAUAGAGAGCACUUUGCUCUGAGUGCUCCUAAUUAAGCAUUGGCAGUUACUCCAUGUUGACAAGUGGGCUGGGGUAUAUUUUCACUUGUCGUAGGCAAGCUCAGAGAACACCCUGGUACAUUUAAUUUUGUGGCGCAGGAGGAACGUACCUUGUAGUGGCUGCUUCACCUACUAGUACAAAUCUAUGCUUGCUUCUUCACUAAUUUUACUUGUAUUUCUGCGCCCAGGAGAAAACAUUUGCAACACUAAGGAUGCAAUCCUAAGCAUACGUAACUGGGAAGUGAGUGCCGUUGAACUGAGUGGGAUAUACUUUUGAGUAGACAUGCACAGGGUUGCACUGCAAGGAUACAUUUUGGGUCUUGAUAUCUUGGUCAGAACUCUCCUUAGGUAACUUGACAAAAUGGCCACCAACCAGCUGCAUGACUGAAAAGUUAUGUACAAUAGAGUAUGGCUUUUGAAAUACUAAGAUGGCAUGCAUCCAUUUUGUAUGUCCUACAACGUUGCUUCAUCGUAGAAAGGACUUGGCUUCUACUUCAGGGCAUAUUUUUGGCUUUCUUUUGUCUGCACAGUUGGCAGUCUUAGCUGUUGUUUCUUUAAUGAGUUAUUUGAUACUAAAAGCAGGACAUUUGCCUUUCCUUCCACUGGAGGGAGACAAAGACAGACAUGUGAAUAUGUUAAAAGGAAGUACUGUUUAAAUGAGCACUCAUUUUGCCUUUGGUGGCAGGAGACUGAGCUCAAGUCCAGGAGGCUGGAUGCGUAGCAUUCCCCAUUUGCUCCGUGUUGCCCCAGCACAGUUGUAUUUCACUCGCUGUGAAAUGGUUGUCUGUUUGUUUGUUUGUUUUUAAAUAAAAAGGGCUGGCAAUAAUCUAAACUUACCGUAGGCAGAUCUACAUUUCAAACCUAGGUCAGGUUUAUACUGCUUUAAAUUACAUGACUUCUCCAGGGAAAUCAUGGGAAUUGUAUUUUUAUGAAUUUGCUGAGAAUAUUCUUUUUCAAUCUUCCCCAGAAUUGCCAUUCCAGUGCCUCCGUUGGUGGAAACCCAUGGUAAACUGGGUUUAUUUAGUGAUGUAGCCACACGCUAGCUGGUGACUGUGUCAGCAUUUGCACUACACUUGGAGGAAUGGAUCACAUUUUGCCAAGAUCUGAAAGCAUAAAUGUUGGCAUUGACACAAUUCUGACAUAACACUAAGUUCUCGCUUUCUUUCAGGCCAUUUCUUCUCCUUCCCCACUAGCUGCUUUUAAACAGGAAAGGGUUAUUUUAUCACCCAGCAUGCCCUAUUUUUCUAUUGCAUUAUAUGGUCAUGUAUGUACUUAAGCUCACUCAUUUUACCCUUGUACUUUUCCCUGAAGAAGUUGAUGGAAAAGUAACAUUUAAAAACAUAGAUAUUCACUACACAAAAAGUGGCAAUCUCAUUCUAAUUUUCUUAAUCUGAUUUCUCAGAUAGUUCUAGAAGGGAAAUUUAAUGAGAUUUCCCUUGAGGAUUGGCCUUGUUCUAAGUCAUGCUGAAUAUGAACAUGGAACAAAAUAAGAUAUCAGCUUGGUUGCAAGGCAUCUGUCAACCUAAUCCAGAAAAAAAGAACCACAUGUGUAAGCAACUAUACAUAUACAUUGCCCCUGGAUGCACACCUGCAUGUUCCUCUAAGUGUUGCUGAAUGGCUGGGUGAAUAAUUUAAUGCACAUGAGGCCACCAUUUGUUAUGGGGUUAUGAAGUUACCAGUUGCACUCAACUCCAGUUGCAUAUGGCCCAAGUCCCUCUCCUCCAAAUGCCUGGUCAUUGACUCUGUUACUCAUAUAUAUAAUAUAUACACACAUCAUUACACUGGCUGACUGAUGUGCAUCAUACUCUCUUCUCUUACUUUCUCCCCCACCCCACCAAACCUCUCCCAUUUGACCUUUAAGUUCUAAAUUGUACAAGUUCAGAUAGAUUUCCCUCUCCUCUCUCCCAGUGAUGGCGGAACUGGAAUUUGUAAUGGAACUCACUCUCUCUCUAAAGAAUCAAGUUGGAGAAGUGAAGGUUGGGUGGCUUAUAUUUGGUUUGGAAAUUACUCUGAAAUUCUAAGUAAAUGUGGUGAAAGAGGCUAGAAUGCUUUCAUAUGUUCCUCUUCACGUACUAGUCCUUGUGUGCCUACUUUUCUCCAUGACCUUCACGUAAGACCAUCAUUGGAAGAAGCACUCUUUAAAAAAACACUGUGGUGGAGCUACAUCGUUACCUGAUCCAGUAAAUUAAGCUUGAUUUUUUUUCCCCCUGAAGAAGAAAAAGACUUCUGGGUGGAUGGUAGAAACUAGAUCAUAUCAAAGCAGGACAAGCCCCCAAAUCUCACUUUGAACCCUGUUAAAGAACAAGCCAUUGUUUGAAGCAACAUAAAAUGUUGUUUCAAACUCUCAUCUCUGGAAUGACUGGUCAGUCAUAAAUUAUGCUUCUUGUUAAUGCCGCCUCCCAGACGAGUAACUCACCAAAAAUUGUUUUUUUAACCUUCCAGCUAGAAUGCGUUUCAUGGCUUACAUUUUAGGGUACACAGCUAAAACUGAUAUUUAUGACUAGGCCAAAUGCACUUUCUUUACCAUGUGUAUGAGAAGGCCAAACCUAAGCCAAGACUGAACAUACCAUCACCUGCUGCAUGUAUAUAGAGUGGAAGACAUGCUUUGCUGCUGCAUCAUGAGAAUGGAAGCUUGUUUGCUUGCUUUGACUGCUUUCCAUUAGCUUUUCUAAGUUUUCAUACAGUCGUGCCUUGGUUGUUGAACAGAAUCUGUUCCAGAAGUCCAUUUGACUUCCAAAAACGUUCAACAACCAAGGCACAGCUUCUGAUUGGCCGCAGGAGCUUCCUGCAGCCAAUCGGAAGCCCCGUCGGAUGUUUGGCUUCCAAAGAUUGUUUGCAAACCGGUUGCAAACACUCACUUCUGGGUUUGUGGCGUUUGGGAGCCAAAACAUUCAAGUCACAUGGCAUUCGAGAUCCAAGGUACGACUAUAUUUGCUUUUUCCUAAUCCCGAUGCUAUUCCCAGUUUUGCAUCCAUUAUCUUGAAAUGAUUACCAUGUCUUGUUGCAAGUAACCAAAUGGCAUUGCAAUCAAACUGAGAUGGGACAGACAAAGAAACUUCUCAUUCUUGCUCAUUUCCACAGCUCUUUUAUUCUGCCUAAAUUCCCUCCCCUCUCUCAUGCUUUUUUUGCAAGACAGAUGCAGGUGGUGGUCAUUUUAUAUCAUCCGGGUGUUGCAAAUGCAAGCGGUCAGUCAGCAAAGUUUGAGUUUUACCUUUUGUCUAUCAGCCACAAGGUUUGAUUCCAGAGCUUUGGAAAGAACACUUUUUAACCUACUAUUGGAGUUUGGAAACAUCUGUAGAAAGUAAGUGUUCAAUCAAACCAGUAAGUUAUUAUGUAACUGAUCUGAGUACCUUCUUGAUCCUUCUUCCUAACAUAAAGCUGUUUAGAUAUGGACAGAAGUGUGCAUGGAAAUUACAAGGACGCUUGGGGGAAGAGUCAGAGGUCAGAGGUAGAACAAGUGAUUUGCAUGCAAGUUCAAUCUUUGGCAUUUUCAGGUAGGGCUGGAGAUGACAGCACAGACAAAAUUUAGCUUGAUGGACUAAUGGUCUGACUCUGUAUUUGACCACUGAGCCUCUUGGGCUUGCUGAUCAGAAGAUCAGCGGUUCAGAUCUAGGUGAUGGGGUGAGCUCCCGUUGCUGUGUCCCAGCUUCUGCCAACCUAGCAGUUCGAAAGCGCACCAGUGCAAGUAGAGAAAUAGGUACCGCUGGAGCGGGAAGGUAAAAGGUGUUUCCAUGCGCUCUGGUUUCCGUCAGUGUUCCAUUGUGCCAGAAGCGGUUUUUUCAUGCUGGCCACAUGACCUGGAAAGCUGUCUGUGGAUAAACACCAGCUCCCUUGGCCUGAAAAGCGAGAUGAGCGCCACACCCCAUAGUCACCUUUGACUCAACUUAACCGUUCAGGGGUCCUUUACCUUUUUUUACCUUUAUCCUGAAUCUCAUUUGGCUGAACUUAGGUGAGCAAUUUUAUUUACACUGGAACAUGAAACAGACUAACUUCUUGCAGCAUUUGUCUGCAUGCAAAAGGGUUGUUGUUGUU